CGGACGUGGGACCGGAGCGGCGACACCAUGGCUGGUGGCAAGGCGGGAAAGGACAGCGGGAAGGCCAAGGCGAAGGCUGUGUCACGCUCCCAGAGAGCUGGGCUGCAGGUGCUGGAGCUGGCAGGGAACGCAUCAAAAGACCUGAAAGUCAAGCGGAUCACUCCCCGCCACUUGCAGCUGGCCAUCCGUGGGGAUGAGGAGCUGGAUUCCCUGAUCAAAGCCACCAUUGCUGGAGGAGGUGUCAUCCCCCACAUCCACAAGUCUCUGAUCGGAAAGAAGGGACAACAAAAAACAGCAUGAAGAGGGGAAGAUGUGCAGCGGCCUGCUCCCUCCUGCCGCCGUCACCGUACCUGGGACAGAAGAAACCUUGGGAAUCCCUGGAAUUUUUUUUUUAAGGCAUAGUUGAAAGGAGGAGCAUAGACAACUGACUGUAGAGAGGAGAUGCAGGCUGUAGAGUCGAGGGGGGGUG